GCUAUUUCGUAAGAGCUUACGAGAUUUGGGAACAGCCCUCUCUUAAGGAGCAGAUUGGGGAGAGGCGCUUCCCACUUGAAAGGAGACAGUCCAUCAGCACGGAGCAUCCUUGGAACGCAGGAGGAGACCCUGAGCAUCGCUCUGACUGUAUCCUUAGCUGGACCGCGAGGAGGUACCAGAAGACCACUCAGCAGAGCAGCGGCUAAAGCAGAUCCAUUCAUGUUGUUGUGAUCCGAUAAAGACAGAAAAAUGAAAAUACGGCUUUGCUCAGCAGUGACAGCACUCUGUGCUGUACUGCUCUUAUCAUCUAUAGAGGCUGAAGUCGGUCCUCCUACAGAAUUAAACUUUGAAAUAGUAAAUGAAAACACAGUUCGAAUGACAUGGCAAAGGCCAGCUGAAAGAAUAAGAGGUUACAGGAUCACAUUAGUCCCUACAGUUGAUGGACCAGUCAAAGAAUUGGAAAUUCCAGCUUCAGCAACCGAAACUGUGCUGACUGAGCUUAUACCAGAUGUAGAAUAUGCAGUAACAAUAGUUUCUUAUGAUGAUGAAGAGGAAAGUGUACCUGUGUUUGGACAGCUUACAAUUCAAGUAGGAGGCCGAGUGACCAUUGAUGAACAGAAACCAACUUUAACUGACCAACCACGCUGUUCUAUAAGUGCAACUGCUGAUGUGGUAUUUCUUGUGGACGGUUCAUGGAGUGUGGGGAGAACAAACUUCAAGUACAUUCUGGAUUUCAUGACUUCCUUGGUAUCUGCUUUUGACAUUGGAGAAGAUAGGACCAGAGUUGGAGUUGUCCAGUACAGUUCUGAUACAAGGACGGAAUUUACCCUGAAUAAAUACUAUAAAAAGAAUGAUCUCUUAUCAGCAAUAAAAAGAAUACCUUACAAGGGAGGAAAUACAAUGACUGGUGAGGCCAUUGAUUUUCUUAUUAAGAAAUCCUUUGUUGAAUCUGCCGGCUCAAGAAAAGGUUUUCCAAGAGUUGCAAUAAUUAUUACGGAUGGAAAAUCCCAAGAUGAAGUGGAAAUCCCUGCAAAAGAACUCCGGGAUUUAGGAGUUGAAGUUUUCACACUUGGUAUCAAGGCUGCAGAUGCAAAAGAACUUAAACAAAUGGCUUCUCUGCCUUCUUUAAAACAUGUCUACAGUGUUGCCAACUUUGAUGCUAUUGUGGAAGUUCAAAAUGAAAUAAUUUCUCAAGUUUGUUCAGGGAUUGAUGAGCAACUGAGCGAACUUGUUAGUGGAGAAGAAGCUGUUGAGCCUCCUUCAAGUUUGAUGGUUACAGAAACUGCAUCCAAAUCCAUGAAAAUUACAUGGAGACCUUCCCCAAGCCAAAUCACAGGCUACAGGAUUCAGCUUAUUCCAAUGAUUGCGGGUAGUAAACAACACGUUCUAAAUCUUGAUCCAAAAACCACAAGCAUCACUAUGAAGGAUCUGUCCCCAGAUACUGAAUACCAGAUUAAUUUAUAUGCAAUGAAAGGGCUCACAGCAAGUGAACCAGUCUCAACACUGGAAAAAACCCUGGCUGUCAGAAUACGAGUUGAGUGUGCUAAAGGUGUGGACAUAAAGGCUGAUGUUGUCUUUCUUGUUGAUGGCUCAUACAGCAUUGGCAUUGCCAACUUUGCUAAAGUUAGAGCUUUUUUGGAAGUCUUGGUAAAAAGUUUUGACGUCUCACCCAGCAAAGUGCAGAUCAGUCUUGUUCAAUACAGCAGAGAUCCAUUUACUGAAUUUACUCUAAACAAGUAUGACACAAUUGAAGACAUUCUACAGGCAGUGAACACUUUCCCAUACAGAGGGGGCUCAACCAAUACAGGCAAAGCGAUGACCUAUGUGAGAGAAAAGGUGUUUGUUGAAAGCAAAGGGGCAAGGUCAGAUGUUCCAAGAGUCAUGAUUCUAAUUACUGAUGGGAAGUCAUCAGAUGCCUUUAAAGAUCCAGCAAUCAAACUGCGGGACUUAGGUGUGGACAUUUUUGCUGUUGGAGUUAAAGAUGCAGUAAGAACUGAAUUGGAAGCAAUUGCCUCUCCGCCUGCUGAUAACCAUGUGUACACUGUAGAAGAUUUUGAUGCUUUCCAAAAGAUAUCUUUACAGCUUACAAACUCCAUCUGUCUAAAAAUUGAACAGCAGUUAGAUGAAUUGAAGAAGAGAGCUUUGGUUCCUGCUCAGAACUUGGCAUUCUCUGAGGUGACGUCCUCCAGUUUCCGGGUAAGGUGGUCUCCAGCAGCAGAUGAUGUUAGGAGUUAUGUAAUUAAAUAUCACGUCGCUGUGGGCGGAGAAGAUUUCAUAGUUAAUGUUCCAAAGGACACUACAACCACGGUUCUCUCAAAUCUACUUCCAGAAACAACAUAUAAUGUUACAGUUAUUGCAGAAUAUGAUCUAGGAGGAAGCCCCCCUUUGAAUGGAGAAGAGACAACUUUAGAAGUAAAAGGUGCACCUCGAAACUUAAGAGUGACAGAUGAAACAACUGAUAGUUUUAAAGUUGGAUGGUCACCUGCUCCUGGUAAUGUCUUGAGAUACAGGAUUGGUUAUCGACCAGUAGCUGGAGGAGAAAGAAAAGAAGUAACAGUCUCAGGAAAUAACAGAUUUACAACAUUACAAAACCUCCUCUCUGAUACAAAGUAUCAAGUAUCUGUGACUCCUGAAUAUUACUCAGGUCCUGGAAAGGCUCUAACAGGAUUUGGAGCUACAGAGGAAGUACUUGGAGAACCAAAAAAUCUGAUUGUCUCUGACCCUACAACAUCUAGUUUGAAGUUAUCAUGGUCACCAGCUCCAGGCAAAGUAUUGCACUAUCUUGUUACUUACACCCCAGCUGAAGGAGGGGAACCUAAAGAAGUUACCCUGAAAGGAGAUGUUUCCAAUACAAUAUUACAGGACCUUGAUGCAGGCACCAUAUAUUCACUGUCUGUAAAGGCAUUAUACAAUUCAGGAGCUGGAUCCUCCCUGCCCGGAGAAGGAACAACUCUUGAUGAACGUGGCUCACCAAGAAACUUGAUAACCAAAGACAUAACAGAUACAACAAUUGGCACAUAUUGGACAGCGGCACCUGGAAUGGUUCGUGGUUAUAGAAUUGCAUGGAAAUCUCUAUUUGAUGAUGAUGAGUCGGGGGAAAAGAUUGUUCCUGGUGAUGUAACAAACACGGUCCUGAAUAACCUUACCCCUGAAACAAAGUAUACAAUUUCAGUAUUUGCCAACUACAAAAGUGGAGAAGGAAGUCCUCUUGAAGGAGAAGCUACUACUGAAGUAUCUCCAGAGGGUAAGACCUUGAAAGUCAACGAUGAAACAGAAAAUACAAUGAAAGUAAUCUGGCAACCAGCUCCAGGGGAUGUUGUAAAUUAUCGUGUUAUUUAUCGUCCACGAACUGGAGGAAGGCAACUAGUUGCUAAAAUGCCACCAUCAGCCACCUCUACGGUGUUAAAAAGACUUCAGCCUCUAACGACCUAUGAUAUCACAGUUAUCCCAGUGUAUAGGACAGGGGAAGGAAAAGCUAGAAAAGGAGACGGGACAACAGCUUCUCCUUUCAAGCCACCAAGAAAUCUGAAAACAUCUGAUCCAACUACAUCAACUUUCAGAGUUACCUGGGAGCCUGCUCCUGGUGAAGUUAAAGGAUAUAAAAUCACAUUCCAUCCAUCUGGAGAUGAUAGACAACUUGGAGAACUUGUAGUUGGACCGUAUGAUAAUACUGUUGUGUUAGAAGAGCUCAGGGCUGGAACAUCUUACAAAGUACUUGUUAAAGGAAUGUUUGAUCAAGGAGAAAGUUUUCCUUUGGUUGGACAGGAAAUGACUACAAUGUCCGAUGCUCCUGAUGUUGUUUUUGGUCCUACAGGCUUGGAAUGCAAAACUAAAGCUGCUGCAGACAUAGUAUUGCUGGUAGAUGGCUCUUGGAGUAUUGGACGACCAAAUUUCAGAACUGUCAGGAGCUUUAUCUCACGACUGGUUGAAGUUUUUGACAUUGGUACAGACAGAGUACAGAUUGCUCUUGCCCAAUACAGUGGAGACCCUAGAACUGAAUGGCAACUAAAUGCUCAUAGCACAAGGCAGUCUUUGUUGGAUGCUGUGACAAAUUUGCCCUAUAAAGGAGGCAACACUCUUACAGGUUUAGCUUUAAAUUUCAUCCUGAACAAUAACUUCAAGGCAGAGGCUGGCAUGAGGACUAAGUCACGGAAAAUUGGUGUACUCAUAACUGAUGGAAAAUCACAAGAUGAUAUUGUUGCACCAUCGAAAAGACUGCGGGAUCAAGGAAUAGAGCUAUAUGCUGUUGGUAUCAAGAAUGCAGAUGAAAACGAGCUGAAAGAGAUUGCUACCGAUCCAGAUGAUAUAUACGUGUACAAUGUUGCAGAUUUCUCUCUCCUUAGUAAUAUUGUCGAAGACCUCACAACAAAUCUGUGCAACAGUGUUAAGGGCUCAGGUGAUGAAUUAGAGCCACCAUCAAACCUGGAGACAUCGGAGCCUACCCCUCGGACUUUCAGAGUUUCAUGGAUUCCACCUUCUCACAGUGUGGACAGAUAUAGAGUGGAAUAUUAUCCAGUGUCUGGAGGCAGAAAGCAGGAGGUAAUUGUCGGCAGAUCGGAAAGAAGUACUGUAUUGAUUGAUCUAAAACCAGAAACGGAAUACUUUGUGAAUGUGUUCUCUGUGGUCGAGGGGGAAAGCAGUGAGCCUCUAUCUGGCAGAGAGACAACCUUGCCCAUCCCUUCAAUGAGAAACCUUAACACUUACGAUGUUGGAACAAAAACAAUGAAAGUAAGGUGGGAUGGUGUAAAGGGUGCCACUGGAUAUUUAUUGUUAUACGAUCCUGUUAACGCCAGUGUACCUGCAACAGAGAAAGAGAUGCGGGUUGGACCAUCUGUGACUGAUGUGCUUUUAGAUGACUUAGUCCCGAAUACGGAGUAUACCUUGACUGGUUAUGCCUUAUUUGAUGAACUAACUAGCGAUCCUCUUACCACUCAGGAUGUUACUUUGCCCCUUCAAGGUGUGGGAGCUAUAAGACUCAGAGAUAUAACUCACAGCUCAAUGAAUGUGCACUGGGAUGCAGCCCCUGGGAAGGUCAGAAAAUAUAUUCUGAAAUAUAAAACCGUAGAUGAAGAAGACUUCAAAGAGCUGGAAGUGGAUGGAGCAAUAACAACUUCUCCACUCACUGAUCUGUUUUCGCAAACUGAGUAUGACAUCAAGUUGACAGCUGUAUAUGAUGAGGGAGAAUCUCCUCCACGACCUACUCGAGGGACCACAGCACCGGUACCAGCUCCUACAAAUCUAGAGUUUUCUGAAAUAACAAAUAGAAGUUUUCGCGGUACCUGGGAACAUGGAGCACCAGAUGUAGCCUUAUAUAGAUUAACAUGGGCUCCAGUUGGGAAACCAGGAAAAAAGAGUGAGACAAUUGUUGAUGGUGAUAAGAACACUCUUGUUUUUGAUGAAUUGGAUCCAAACACAGUUUAUGAAGUCUCAGUUACUGCCAUUUACCCAGAUGAAUCAGAAAGUGAAGAUUUAAUUGGGAACGCACGAACAGUGCCAGAUGUGAUCCUUGCAGCUCCAAGUCCUAGAACUGGCCCUCGUAACCUCCAAGUCUUCAAUGCAACUUCUGGCAGUUUAACUGUAAGAUGGGAUCAUGCUAGUGGCAAAGUACAACGAUACAGAAUUUUUUAUCAGCCUCUUGAUGGUGAUGCCGUUGAACAAACAACAUCAGUCGGAGGAAAGCAAAACAGUGUUGUCCUGCAACGGUUACAGCCAGAUACGCAGUACUCGAUCACGGUGGCAUCUCAAUAUGCUGAGGGAGAAGGAGGGAGAAUUUCUGGAAGAGGAAAGACAAAGCCUCUUAGUACUGUGAAGAAUCUCCGGGUGUAUGAUCCAACAACAAGUACUCUUAAUGUUCGCUGGGAGGCAGCAGAAGGAAAUGUGCGCCAAUAUAAAGUCUACUAUGUGCCGACAGCUGGAGGGCCCGAGGAAAUGACAACUGUGCCUGGAAAUUCAAUAAAUACUGUUCUUAGGGGUCUCCAACCUGACACUUCAUACACAGUGACAGUUGUCCCUGUUUAUUCUGAUGGAGAUGGUGGACGUAUGUCAGAAACUGGCAAAACAUUGGUUCGAGGAUCAGCACGGAACCUGCAAGUGUACAACCCCUCACCGAACACUCUGAAUGUGCGCUGGGACCCUGCCCCUGGAAUUGUGCAGCAAUACAAAGUUAAUUAUUCUCCACUGCUGGGAACCCAAGGAACAGAGUCUGUCAUAGUACCAGGCAACACUCACAAUGUAUUACUGGAACGUUUGAGUCCGGACACUCCAUAUUCAGUGAAUGUGGUGGCUCUUUAUCCUGAUGGAGAAGGGAAUCCAAGCGAAAGUCAAGGAAAAACACUACCCAGAAGUGGCCCAAAAAAUAUUAAAGUUUUUGGAGAAACAACUGACAGCCUUUCUGUAAGUUGGGAUCAUGCUGACGGACCAGUUCAACAGUAUCGAAUCAUCUAUUCUCCAACUGUCGGUGACCCUAUCGAUGAAUUUACGGUUGUGCCAGGCAGAAGAAAUAAUGUUGUGUUGCAGCCACUUUUGUCGGACACUCCUUACAAGAUUACUGUUGUCGCUGUUUAUGCCGAUGGAGAUGGAGGACAACUAACUGGAAAUGGAAAAACAGUUGGCUUGCUUGCACCACAGAAUCUACGAGUAUCUGAUGAAUGGUAUACACGAUUCAGGGUUUCAUGGGACAGAGCUGCAUCUCCCGUUUUGGGCUACAAGCUUUUAUAUCAGCCACGUAAUGCUGAUGAUUCUUUUGAAGUGUUUGUUGGUGAUGUAAGUUCUUACACUCUGCAAAACCUGUCUCCUGGAACCAUAUAUGAUGUGAAAGUUUAUGCACAGUAUGACACAGGAUUAAGUGGACCUUUGUCUGGUGACGGAACAACUUUGUACUUGAAUGUAACUGACUUAACCAGCUACCAGGUUGGAUGGGACUCAUUCUGCAUUAGAUGGACACCUCACAGAGCAGCUACAUCUUACAGGGUGAAACUUAAUCCUGUAGAUGGAUCUCGGGGUCAAGAAAUCACAGUCACCGGGUCCGAAUCAUCCCACUGCUUUAACGGACUAUCACCUGACACAGAAUACACAGCAACAGUUUUCGUGCAGACACCUAAUCUAGAGGGUCCAUCAGUUUCAACAAAUGAGAGAACUUUGAUAAAACCAACAGAAUCACCAACGGAGCCCCCUGCACCACCACCACCUCCUACCGUCCCUCCUGCCCGUGAUGUAUGCAAAGGAGCAAAGGCAGAUAUCGUAUUCCUUAUUGACAGCUCCUGGAGCAUUGGUGAUGAAAGCUUCAAUAAAGUUCGGCAGUUUAUUUUCAAUACCAUUGGAGCUUUCGAUGUUAUUAAUCCUGCUGGAAUUCAGGUAUCCUACGUACAGUUCAGCGAUGAAGCUCAAACUGAAUUUAAACUGAAUACAUAUGCUGACAAAUCCCAGGCUCUUGGAGCUCUUGCAAAUAUCAGAUACAGAGGAGGAAACACAAAAACAGGCAAAGCUCUAAAGUUUGUCCGUGACAAAGUAUUGACAGUUGAAAAUGGUAUGAGAAGGUCUGUUCCUAAGGUUCUAGUGGUAGUCACUGAUGGAAGAUCUCAGGAUGAAGUAAUGAAGUCUGCCAAGGACAUACAGCACUCUGGCUUUAGUGUCUUCGUGAUUGGUGUGGCUGAUGUGGAUUACAACGAGCUGAGAAAUAUAGGCAGCAAACCAAGUGAACGUCAUGUUUUCAUUGUCGAUGAUUUUGAUGCUUUUGACAAGAUUGAAGACAAUUUAAUUACAUUUGUAUGCGAAACAGCAACAUCAACCUGUCCUCUUAUUUACCUGGAAGGAUACACCUCACCUGGCUUUAGGAUGCUGGAAGCAUAUAAUCUUACAGAGAAGACCUUUGCUUCUGUCCAAGGGGUGUCCAUGCAGCCAGGAUCUUUUAACAGCUUCCCUGCUUACAAUCUUCACCAAGAUUCUUUACUUUCUAUUCCUACUUCAGAGCUACAUCCUGACGGACUGCCUCCCUCAUACACCAUCAUUUUGUUAUUCCGUCUGCUGCCAGAAACUCCCAAUGAACCAUUUUCAAUAUGGCAGAUUACCGACAAAGGUUACAAGCCUCAAGCAGGUGUAAGCCUUGAUGGCUCCAAAAAAACAUUGUCUUUCUUCAAUAAAGGAGUUAAUGGAGAAACACAAACAGUAACCUUUGAUGGUGAUGAAAUUAAGAAACUAUUUUAUGGCAGCUUCCACAAGGUCAAUAUUGUGGUAUCUCCAAAAUUUGUACGCAUCUAUGUGGACUGCAGUGAAGUUGCGGAAAAGGAAAUUAAAGAAGCUGGUAACAUUACCACUGAUGGAUACGAAGUGCUUGGGAAAUUAGCAAAGGGUGACAAGAAAUCAGCACCAUUCUUGCUCCAGAUGUUUGACAUUGUGUGCACUGUCACCUGGACCAGUAGGGAUAGAUGCUGUGAUAUUCCAUCAAUGAGAGAUGAAGCCAAGUGCCCACCCUUACCACAUGCCUGUACGUGUGCUCAAGACAGCAUCGGAGCACCUGGACCCAUUGGCCCAUCCGGUAUGCCUGGUAACAAAGGACCCAGAGGUGAAAGGGGAGGAGAUGGUCCUAGUGGACCUCCAGGUCAGCGAGGUGACCAAGGUCCACCUGGACCCCAAGGACCACCUGGACCUCAAGGACCACCUGGACUCUCUAUUCCUGGAGAACCUGGUCGUCAAGGAAUUAAGGGUGAUUCUGGUGACCCAGGAAUACCAGGAAGGAUGGGAUCACCUGGAGUAACUGGACCACCUGGUCCUAUGGGGCCACCAGGACAAAGGGGUUUUACAGGAAAAGAUGGUGCUAUGGGACCCAGAGGGCCACCAGGUCCAAUGGGAGCUCCAGGAGCUCAAGGAGUGCCAGGCCCAAGCGGAAAACCUGGAAAACCAGGAGAUAAUGGAUUAACGGGUCCGACAGGACAGAAAGGAGAAAAGGGUGAAAGGGGAGAUAUUGCUUCUCAGAAUAUGAUGAGAUCGGUGGCAAGACAAGUAUGUGAACAGAUGAUAAACAGUCACACAAGCAGAUUUAAUCAGAUUCUGAACCAGAUUCCAAAUGAUUAUUAUUCAAACCGUAAUCAGCCUGGACCUCCUGGACCUCCUGGUCCACAAGGUAGCACUGGAACUAGAGGAGAGCCUGGAGGUGCAGGAAGACCUGGAUUCCCAGGAUCACCUGGUCCUCAAGGACCACCUGGAGAAAGAGGAAUACCAGGAGAGAAAGGAGAGAGAGGCAAUCCAGGAACUGGAACACAAGGACCCAGAGGACUGACUGGGCCUCCAGGACCACCGGGUGAUUCCAGAACAGGGCCACCAGGUCCUUCAGGCUCCACAGGUCCUCCAGGAUCUCAGGGUCGCCCAGGUAAUCAUGGUAUCAGAGGUCCCCCUGGUCCAGCUGGAUAUUGUGAUGCAUCAAUGUGUGCGAGUAUCCCUUACAACGGCCAAGGAUAUCCAGAACCUUACCAGCCUGAAAGUGGACCCCUGGAACCUGAAAACCAACCCUACGUAAUACCAAUGCAGCUAGAAAGGACUGAUGAUGACUUUGAUGACUAUGGACAUGAAAUGGCUGGAUAUGCUGAACAUAUGCGGUGGAAGAGGUCCUUAGCAAGAAAAAUUGUGAAUUAAUAUAAAGUAUUUUAUUUUUAGUAUAUGUUCAAUUUUCAUUGUUUUUUUUGUGAAGGUAGAUAUCUGUAGCAGGUGGAUUGCAUGCCUUCCCAUUCCAGAAUACAUCAAUCAGGUCAUGCACUUUAUCAUAGUAACACAUUUUACUUCAAAAAUGAGAUAUAUAGACUUUUUCCUAAUUAUUUCCAACUUUAGAAUAUAUUCAAAUACAUGACUCUUUGAAUCUCAAACUUUAUUAAGUUCUUUCCUAAUUUCUGUAACUAUAACGCAAACAAUGUGUUUGUUCCAAAGAUAUCUUUCCUUAGAACACAAAAGACCUAUAAGCUGUAAACAUAAAUUCCUAACAAACCUGAUCUAUACUCUCUAAAUUUAUAGUACAGAUGGUUUAUUGCUUUUUGACCAUAAAACCCAAUUUUUAUAUGCUCAGGCUCACUGAACAUUGAACUCAAAACAAAUUGUAAGUUAUAUUGCUUUCAGGUAAUAGUAUCAACACAAGUUUAAUGUCUCAGGUUCUUUGAACUUUGAGCACAGCCAAAGCUUCUAAUGCUUUAUGUGUGCUUGUAAAUUAUUUUGUGCUUGCAGUGCCUUAAUUUUGAAUGUGCUUAAAUAAAGACAACAGUUUGUAGCAAUGUUAUAUGUUAGGAACCAAAGAACACUUCAGAUGUUCCACUCUUACCUGUUUGGACAAUAAUUUGAAAGUCUUUGCACGGAGAGUGGAACAGAUCCUAUACAUUGCAACAACAGUCCUUUUAUUUCAUAAUUUACUCUACUCCAAGUUUCAGUUAUACUUUAUAGGAGAUAUACUGCUUUUAUACUAUGCUUCUCUUUUAAAAUCCAGAAACCUUUCAACAUAGCUGAACAUACUGCAUCAUUUAGAUGCCAGAUUAUAUUGUAGACACAUUAAACAGUUACAUGUAUGCCAAAUUGCAGUCAGUCCUGCAAAAAAAGGAAUUGCAUGUUUGUGCUGUAUAUUUAGUAUGGACAUUUUUCAGAAUAUAGUAUUUUAGUUCUCAAAGCAGUUUGAAAUUGUUUGCAAGACUAUGAAAAUAGAUUUGCUGUUUUAAGAUUUUUAACUGCAAAUUGUGAAUUUCACUGCCUUAUAUUUUUUAUUUAUUUCUGAAACCAAAGGCGUUUUUCAAUAAAACUACUGAAAAUA